GAACCACCGAACAAAUCAAGAGUUUGAUAGUACGGAAUACCAGAAUCCACAUCAUACAAUGUAUACACAAACUGAUAGUGUGCCUCCAUAUAAGUAGUCAAUACAAAAUCAUUUUGCAAAUUACUUCUAAGGGAAGUGCGUUCAAGAUGAGAUCUCUAGUCAUAUUAUACGUUACAUUGGCAACUCUAACUCUAGCAAACACUGACGUGUGUUACAAGUCUAUCAGAACUCCAUACAUCAAAUCAACGGACAAGAAAAUUCACCGGGUCAAGACCUGCUACUACCGCUGUUGGCGCAGCCACCAAACACAGGUCAACACCGAUUACUGGACCAUUGACAACUGCGUGGUAGACUACAAAGCGUCCGCUCAACCAGUUUGCUGUGCGGGCUACACGGGCAUCGCGCCCCUUUGUGUGCCUAUUUGUCACGGAUGCAGCAACGGCCGCUGCACUGCCCCUAGCGUUUGUAGCUGCAACGAGGGAUACCGGAACGAGGCGGGAUUUUGUGUGCCGGUUUGCGAGCCGGAGUGUGGUCCGGGGUCCUGUGUGGCGCCCGGACAGUGUUCUUGCCAUGAAGGAUACGAGAUGGAUCGAAAUAGGGGAUGUGUUCCGAGGUGUGAUCCACCCUGUCGGAACGGGGAAUGCGUUGGGGUGAACAGCUGUGAGUGCUUCAGGGGAUUUCGACAGGUUACAGGUUCCAUUGAAUGCGCGCCGGAAUGUGAUUUAGGAGUUGCAGAUUGUGGCAACGGAACUUGCAUCGGACCGAAUCGUUGCAGUUGUGAGGAAGGGUUUGUAUUUGAGAAUCAUCGAUGUAUUCCACGUUGUGAUCCGACCUGCAUCAAUGGACAAUGUACUGGCCCAAAUAACUGCACCUGUGAUGAAGGAUUCACACAAGAUUCAUUGCGUCCAAAUAUGUGUGUUCCAGUUUGCAGCAGCUUAUGUCACAAUGGAGCAUGUGUUGCCCCCAACACUUGCCAGUGUCUUCCCGGAUAUCAUCAAUCCAAUACGGUGGCAAACUCGUGCGAACCCAGCUGCGAUCCCAAGUAUGUAGACGUCAGGAAUGGACAGUGUAUAAGCCAAAAUGUCCUUCAGUGCAACAAUGGAUUCGUAUUGGAAUACUCUCAACUAUCUGGAUUAAUUCAUUGCUCAUUGAAGAUUUAGGAUAAUUUAUGCAACAAUUUUUUUUCAACAUAAACUUAACAAAAGCGUAUUGAGGAAAUAUACCCUUUCUAAUCAAA